AUGUCGGACAGGUCAGGCUCUCCAUCGUCUGAAGGUGAAGGUGAUCGCAUCCGUCCCUAUGGAGACGAUGUAGACUCUUCAGAGGAGUCAUCUGAAGAAGACGAGGAGGAAGCUCGACGAGUGGCAGAAGGUUUCAUUGUCGAAGGGGAUGACGAUGAGGAGGAUGGAGAUUUUGAAGUUGAUGAGAACGAGGAGGACGAGGAGGCCCGAAAGAAGCGAAGACGGAAAGAGAAACAACGUCGGAGAGAGGAAAAGAGGGCUAGAAGAGAGGCUCGUCAGAAGGACGACGAUGAUGGCGAAUUGUCUGAGGGCGAGUUAGAGCUUAUGGCUCAGAACCAAGGAUUGGCCGGACCGUCUAAAGACAGAUCUACAAAUCGAGCCCGGGUAGCGGCAGGCGUGGAUGGAGACGAUGAGCGGAUCCCAAGUCUUCAAGAUAUUUUCCGUGAGGACGAAGAAAGGAGAGCUAUGGAAGAUGAAGAUGAGGAUGAUCUAGGAGAUUUCAUUGAAGAGGACGAGGAGGAGGAACGGGCAGCGGGAGAGACGGAGGAGGAAAGACGGCAACGACGCAGGGAGGAGAAAUUAAAACGUCGGGAAGCUGCAAGAGCACGGCCAGACAUUGCUGGCCUCGACAGAGGUGCGUUUGACGAGAAUUAUGAAGUCUUUGGAGACGGUCAGCUAUACGAGUGGGCCAUGGACCUGGACGACCUUGAAAACGACGAAGGUGAUGAUGAGGUCCAGAAGAAGGAUCUCCGUCUCGAAGAUGUGUUUGACCCAGCCGAAAUUAAAGCGCGACGACUUCAGGACGAAGACAAGGCGAUAGCUCAGAAUGACCAACCUGAACGACAUCAACUAGUCAACUCUACACUUUCCGACAAUCCUGUCCUCGCCUCUGCGACCCUCUUCCCUCCUCCAGACCUUGCUGCCGGCUGGGCUUACACCAAAAUCUCCACUCGGAUCCAAUACAUUUUUUGCAACAUGGGUCCGGAAGGCUCCUACCCCGAGCCCACACCGGACAACAUUCAGCCUCUUCCUGUCCGUCGUCGAUUCGAUCUCGCUGGCGCAUUCAUCCACGUCGUAUCUACAGCGCUGAGGAUGAUGUUCGUCGAGAAUCUUGAAGUGCCAUACCUCUGGCACUACAAGCGAGACGCCUUCAGCGUCCUAGAGGAUCAGGGACAAAGCUCUGUCCAAUUUUUGGACCGCGACGAGCUCUGGACGUUGUACACCCUUGGACUGAAAUUCAGAGCCAUUUACAGUCGAUGCCAGCAGAUCACGAACAUGUGGAGUAAGAUCAAGGAGAGGAAGCCGGAACUCGAGAACGAAUACCUCACCAAGACGCUCUUGUCAUCAGUCUGCAUGAUGAGCGUAGAGGCCGCGGCAGAGGGUUACGACUGGUUGGCAUACCAUUACCCGCAGGAGGUUCACGAUGUUCGAAUCCAGCAAGCCUUGGAGGAGGGCACGAAAAUGGCACCGAUCAAAACGAGAGACGAUCGAGGGCGAUUUGGACCUGUCAAGAAGCUUGUCGACGCUUUCGGCAUCGACGUCUCGAAAGUAGCGGUCUUAUUCAACGAUCCCGAGGGGAAACCACAUUCUCUUGAAAACCCUGAUCGCAUGCCCCUCGACCUUGCAGAGGAAUUUGCUGGUACUGGAACCAUGUUCACAACUGCUGGAGAGGCUCUCGACACUGCAACUCAGAUUCUCGUGGCGGAGAUGGCUAAGGAUCCUUCCAUACGUCAACAGGCGCGAGACUUUGUCGAGGCGUGCGGUACAGUAACCGUCACACCGACUGAGAGGGGUCAGACGAUCAUCGACGAAUAUCACAUCUAUCAUGCCUUCAAAUUCUUGACGGAGAAGCCCAUCUCCCUGUUCAAAGACUCGCCCGAGUUCUUGCACAUGCUCAAAGCCGAAGAAGAUGGACUCAUUACCAUAUCUAUCGAAGUUGGCGAGAUGGAGGACUCGUUCACGCAGACACUUGUCCGGUGUGUCCAUGCGGAUGAUCAUGGCGAGCUGUCAAGAGCGUGGAAUGAGCUCAGGAAAGAGAUUUGCGACACGGUCGUCGCGCAUCAUCUGAUUCCCGCGGCUUCAAAGUGGGUCAAGGAGCAUAUGAGAAGUCAGGCGGAGGAAUUUGUCGCGGAAAGAUGUCGAAUGGAGUUGGAGCUUCGCGUCAAUGUCCGGCCAUACGCAAACUCAAGCAUGGACCAAGGAGAGACGCCUUCUGUUUUGGCACUGACGAACGGUCGAGGCGGUAUCCGAGAUGCCGUUGUAGCUGUUCUCCUUGACGAAGAGGGAAACAUACACACCCAAACAAAAUUCGACAAUCUCAAGGACGAUGACGACAAGGAAGCCUUUGUGGAUUUGGUCAAGCGUCAGAAGCCUGUUGUCGUUGUCGUUGGAGGACUCUCAGUUCAAGCUGCUAGAUUGAAGGACGACAUUUAUGCGGCACUGCGCACUCUGGCAAUGAGGGAAAGCGGCGAGGUUGCACCAACAAUGGAUACCUACCCGAAUCCCGACGAUUUCCAUCUCGCUUCAGCCGACUUUGACGCGAGGUUGGCGCCGCAUAUGGUGCCUCUAACCUACGUGAAUGAUGCGACGGCCCGAAUUGUGAUGGUCAGCGAUGAUACUGCAAAAGAUUAUCCGAACCUGCCUAUGAACGCUCGUUAUGCUUUGGGUUUGGCGAGGUAUGCUCAGAACCCUUUGAAUGCGUAUUGCAAGCUUGGACGUUCCAUCGCUUCCGUCACCUUUAUGGAGCUCCAUCAGAAGUUGAUUUCCCAGGAGAAACUCCUGGUUCACCUCGAGCGAGGACUGGUCAAUGCUGUCUGUUAUAUGGGCAUUGAGAUCAACUCCUGCAUCGCAGAUGCUUAUCAACGAGCGAUGCUGCCUUUCAUCGCCGGACUAGGUCCUCGCAAAGCGGACGCGCUGGUCAACGCUGUGCUACGCCAGGGUACCCUGAUCAAUCGUUUGGCUUACGCGGAUCUCGGCGUCUUUGGCCCAACUAUUCUCGAGAACGUUGCUGGUUUCCUCAGUAUUCACACGGAUGAGAAGGAGAUUGAGCUGGAUGCGUCGAACCCUCAAGCAACACCGGAUCCGCUCGACCUGACCCGCAUCCAUCCUGCUGAUUACGAGUUUGCUCAGAAAAUGUGUCAGGAUGCCUUGGACAUGGACGCCGAAGAUGUGGCGGAUCAGCACAAAUCCGAGGUCGUCCUCAAGCUCAUGUUGGACGAUGAUCGGGCUCGGAAGCUUGGUGAACUCAACUUGGAUGACUUUGCCUUCAAUCUGCAAAAACAAGGAGAAGGCAACAAGCGUCAUACGCUGGGAGAGAUCGUCUCGGAGCUUAUCAGCUAUCGGGCGGAUCGACGGCCGGUCUUCUAUGUCCCGACAGAUUGGGAAGUCGUGACCAUGCUCUCUGGUGAGACGGAGAGGACAGUUGGACCUGGAAUUAUCGUCACUGCGACCGUUCGAAAAGCCCUAGCAUCUCGCGUCUUCUGUCAAUUGGAAUCUGGACUGGACGCGAUUCUCGAAAGAGAAUACGUCUCGAACGAUGAUCAAGCUGUCCUUUCUUGUGAAGAUCAAUUCAGAGCACGGCAAUCGAUCCGUGCGGUGGUCAUCUAUGCCGAGCCAGCACGUAUGCAGGUCAAGAUUUCGACCAGAGAUUCGGAUAUGCGACAGGGAGUACCGUACCUUCAGCCAUUCAGGGUUGAAGCGUUCAAUAGUAUUGCCCGAGCGACACAGGCAGCGGAAGCAGCUGCAGCCAAGAAGCGACAAGCAGCGGGCAAGGUGAAACGAGUUGUCAACCACCCUAAUUGGCACGUCAUGAACUCUGGACAAGCGGAACAGUUCUUGGCCAGUCAACAUCGCGGCGAUGUGGUCAUUCGUCCGUCGUCCAAGGGACCGGAUCACCUAGCUGUCACUUGGAAGGUCGACGAGGAUGUGUAUCAACACAUCGACGUGCAGGAGAUUGAUAAGCCCAAUGAGUACUCUGUAGGCAGAAUCCUACGGGUUGCUGGCAAAUAUUCUUACUCAGACCUGGACGAGUUGAUCAUCAAUCACGUCAAGGCCAUGGCGAGGAAGUUUGACGAGAUGCAAAUGCACGAGAAAUUUAGGCAAGAAGAUGAGCUGGAGGGAUAUCUCAAGAAUUAUGUUCAGGCGCAUCCUGGACGAAGUAUGUACGGAUUCAGUAUCGACAGCGCGCGGCCUGGAUAUCUUAAGCUGUGUUUCAUGAACAAAUCGAGUAAAGACGGAGGAGCCAUACAGGAAUGGCCUGUCAAAGUUCUGCCAGGAGCUUAC